CCGCGCGAACAAUCCCGGGCAGGGAAUGACUCGCUGCUGGUGACAUCACUCUCAAAGAUACUCCCCCUUCUCAGUGCUGCCUUCGCAAGGCGUCUGUCCGUUUGUCCGUUUCGUCUGCUGCUGGAGAGAGCUUAUUGCCGGCCGGGAGCAGAGCCGUACACCAGGGAGAGACAAGACCUGGAGGACGACGGAGAGCAAAGGCAACAAGGAGGACCCUGGCAGGCGACAGAAUGAAAUUCAGCCCAGCGCACUACUUGCUGCCUCUCCUGCCCGCGCUGGUCCUCAGCACCAGACAGGACUAUGAAGAACUACAAAAGCAACUGAAAGAAGUCUUUAAGGAGCGAAGCACCAUCCUGCAUCAACUCACAAAGACAUCAAGAGAGCUUGAUGGAAUUAAAGUUAACCUUCAGUCUUUGAAAAAUGAAGAGAAAUCUGCCAAAACCGAUGUUCAGAAGCUUCUGGAAAUAGGUCAGAAACAAAGAGAACAAAUGAAGUCUCUCCAGGAGGCCCUGCAAAAUCAACUGAAAGAGACAUCUGAGAAGGCAGAAAAACAACAGGCCACUAUUAAUUUUUUGAAAACUGAAGUGGAAAGGAAGAGCAAAAUGAUCCGAGAUCUUCAGAAUGAGAAUAAAAGCCUGAAAAACAAGCUCUUGUCAGGAAACAAGCUGUGUGGCAUCCAUGCAGAAGAGUCAAAAAAAAUCCAAGCCCAGCUGAAAGAGCUUCGUUAUGGGAAGAAGGACUUACUAUUUAAGGCCCAACAGCUUACUGAUUUGGAACAAAAAUUAGCUGUGGCAAGAAAUACACUGGAGAGAGCAGCUCUUGACCGGGAGUCACAACUGAAAGCAAUGAAACAGACUGUACAACUCUGCCUGUCAACAGUUUUCCGGGAUCAAUCACCCCCUUUGAGUCUAAUCAGGUCAAACCCAACUCAGAUGUCAAUUCCACCCAGUACAAUGGAUAUCAAGACGCUAGAUACAAGGACAAAAAGCGAGCCUGAACAAAGCUCUCCUGGAAGCAAUGCGAACACCCAAGUUGUUACAACAAAGGAAGAAAAUCUGAAUGUCCCUGAGUGCAAUUCUGAAAAUCUUUUGCAGGAGGACAGGGCAUGUUCUAUGAAGCAUAAAGAAAAUCCACCAAGCAAUGGCACUGCAGAACCAGAGGGUACUCCACAGAAAUUGCAAAUGUCUCCUUGUACUAAAUGUGAAGUGGAAAAAACCCAGGAAAAAAAAUUCACCAGCUUUGAAGGAAAGGCAUCUAAGGAAGAAAAAAUACUGUAGAUAUCAGGAAACUGUGUUAAAAACAUCCGUUUGCUAUUGUCUUCAUAACUUUUUUAGACCACAGGCUUGAUGGAAAUACUAAGUUUUUAAAUCAUGCAACUUUUUCACAAUUUUAUGUACUUUAUAAAAUAGUCUUCAAAUUUUCCAAAAGAAUCCAGGCCAAUUAUGAUCCUCCAGCAAGAACCUAAUUAGAAUGGAUAUCCACAUCAUAAAAAGUCAUUGUCAUCAGUACAUUGCCCACUAUAAAUUAGUUUGUUUUGAACUUAAAUGCAAUAUAAGAGUUGAUACUUUUGACUCAUUUGGGUGUUUAAUACUUCUAUAAUCUAGUAUGUGAAAAUCAGCUGGAGCAUGAUAAAACAUUUUGUAUCCCCAGAAUUCUUAGAAUCCAAAUUACAAUCAUAUCAUAAAGAAUUUGAUUGUCACUGGCUAAUUGGGGUCACAUUGUUCAAGGCUGGAAUCUGUGCCAACCUGAAUAUAUUUUUUGAGUGUUUAUUACUAUUUUUAUUAUGUUGAACCAUGGCUAAACAAUACCAAGGCAAGUCUGUCAUGGAUUUAGUCAGUUAAUAUAAUUCAUUAAAUGUGUUUGGUAUUAUAUGGACAAAAUAUCUAAAUGAAUAACUAUAUUUCUGACACAACUGAUUAGAUUUUUGGUAUUUUAUAGACACUCUUGUGGUUGUCUGCUGGACUCACUCCAAGUUAAAAAUCAAAUUGUUUGAAAUGCUUGGCAUGAUUUUUGAUAUGAAAGUUGAGAAGUAGAAUGUGGGAUAGAAUGGGGGUUUCAAAAUUCAAAUUUGAAAGCAGAUAAUGUACUUUUUAAAAAUGGGGAUAUGAUCAAAGCAAAAUAGCCAUGUAGAGCCAAUUAGCCCAGAUUUGUACACUUCAAAACGUUAUUAAAAUAAAUCAAUGACUGUGAUAAUUUUUGAAGUUGGGGCUCUCUCUAGGAAUGUCAUUGAUCAAAUAAAUUCACUCCUGAAUAAUCUGAAUAUAGCCCACAAGCAAGAGGAAAUGACACUUGAAUAAUUAUCAGAUAAAUAAGAUGGUUAUAACAUCAAACUUCGAGACUAGAAUUAAUGGAUUAAAUGAUCAAUUGUAGUUUGUCUGCACUGAAUAUAUAUAGGUAAUUUGCAGAAAGCAAAUAAAACUAUAGAAUUUGUAUAAUGAACAUGCAAAGCAGC